GACCUGCAGUUCUCCUCCAGUACUAUAGGUGGCGCUGAGGCGCAGCGGGUUCAAUGUCUCGCUCGUCUCGUCUGUGCGCAAACACACGUGUGAAGAUGGAGGUGGAUACACUGCACUUUCAUGAGAUGGGCUUAGAUGAUCGGCUAUUAAAGGCUCUGGCCGAUUUAGGCUGGUCUCAUCCCACCCUCAUCCAGGAGAAAGCCAUCCCGCUGGCGCUGGAGGGGAAAGAUCUGCUGGCCCGAGCCCGAACCGGAUCAGGAAAAACCGCAGCCUAUGCGGUUCCACUGAUCCAAAGAAUCCUCACAUCCAAACAGACUGUACGUGAGCAGCAGAUUAGAGCUCUAGUCCUGGUCCCGACUAAAGAACUGGGCCAGCAGGUCCAAUCCAUGAUCCGACAGCUCACUGUGUACUGCGGCAGAGACGUGCGAGUGGCCGACAUCUCUGGGAAGGCGGAUCUAUCGGCACAGAAGCCCAUUUUAAUGGAGAAGCCGGAUAUUGUGGUCAGCACGCCGUCCCGUGUUCAGGCUCACAUUAACGCCCAGAACCUGCAGCUGCACUCUUCAUUAGAGAUGCUGGUCAUCGACGAGGCUGAUCUUCUCUUCUCGUUCGGGUUUGAGGCAGACCUUAAAAGCCUGCUGUGUCACUUACCCAAGAUCUACCAGGCGUUCCUCAUGUCGGCCACACUGAAUGACGACGUUCAGGCCCUGAAAGAGCUCGUCCUCCACAAUCCGGUGACUCUGAAGCUCGAGGGUUCUCAGUUGCCCGACAGCUCUCAGCUCCAGCAGUACAGCAUCAAAUGUGAGGAGGAGGAUAAGUUCCUGCUCAUAUACACCCUCCUGAAGCUCGGCCUGGUUCGAGGGAAGACGCUCAUAUUCGUUGGCGAAGUGAACCGCUGUUACCGGCUCAAGCUGUUUUUGGAGCAGUUCAGCAUCCCUGCUUGUGUCCUGAACUCUGAAUUGCCGGUUCACUCCAGGUGUCACAUUAUCUCUCAGUUUAAUCAGGGCUUCUACAAUUACAUUAUAGCCACAGACGAACAAGGACUAGAGAAUCCCGCUGGAAGUUCCACGAAAACACAGGAGGGAGGAAAGAAGAAAAAGAACUUUGGGAAAAGUGGAAAAGGCAAAGAUAGGGAAUAUGGCGUUUCCAGAGGGAUCGAUUUUCACAACGUGUCUAAUGUGAUCAACUUUGAUUUUCCCACUUCAGUCGACUCCUACAUUCACCGUGUCGGCAGAACGGCUCGUGCGAAUAAUCCCGGCACUGCGCUGUCCUUCAUAUCUCAUACAGAACUCCCAACGUUCACGGAGGUUGAAAACGCUCUUACUGGAGACACAGAAUGUGUAUUGAAGCCGUACGAGUUCAAAAUGGAGGAAAUCGAGGGAUUCAGAUACCGAUGUCGGGAUGCCAUGAGAUCGGUCACAAAGCAGGCAGUGAAAGAGGCCAGACUAAAGGAGAUCAAACAAGAGCUGCUCAAUUCAGAGAAACUCAAGACGUACUUUGAAGACAAUCCCAGAGACCUGCAGCUGCUACGACACGACAAAGACCUUCAUCCCGCCGUCAUCAAACCUCACAUGAAGAAUGUGCCCGAUUACCUGAUCCCAGAAACGCUGAAAAGUCUCGUCAAUCCUCUAAAACAAAGGAGGAAAAAGAGGUUUAAAGCAAGUGGCGUGAUGCUGAGCAGCUUCAAGCACAAGAAUUUCAAAGGCAAAAAUCCACUGAAGAGUUUUCGCUACACGAAGAAGCGUGGUGAAAAGAAGGCUGGGAAAUCCUAACGGCUUCAGAGACAUUGGGAUCGGAUUGGGAUGUUGAGGAAAUCUUGAUGUAACUAAUCAUCUGGACACUUUGAUAACGGGCAGUGAACUGUGACUAUCACCCUGUCUUCACUGCAUGUUUGAAAUAUACCUUGGAAUAUUGUGUUUCAUUAAUACUGAAUAUGAAAUAUGACGUUUCAUGUUUAUUGACUAAAAUAAACCUUUUAUAUCCAUAUAAAUGGACAAACAGA